GCAGGUCAUUCAAUAGCGCGACCUGAUCAGAGUCUAAAACUGAGAGAUACAGGCUGGAUUUUGCAUACUCACAAUCCUUCCUACACUGUUGUUACAUUCUGGAUCUUCUUGUCCUUUUGACUCUGACACUUGCAAUCGCAACAACUCACAUCCGGAUCGCACCUUUCCUGUCUGUGAAUCCACCAUGGCACCUUCCGUCCGAGGAACAAGCAGUCGAGUCAGUAAACGGCAGACUGAAGUGCAGAAUUACGCAAAAGUCUCAAAGUCUGCCAAAUCUCGAGCCCAGCUCAAGACGGCGGUGAAAGAGUUGGAGCUGGUCGAAGCUACCAAGAAGAAAGAGACCCCCAGAAGCUCAUCCAAGCGGAAACGCAGCGAUGUUCAUGAUGACAGCGAGACCGAGCCUGAGAGUCCUCGUGUCACGGCUAUUGGAUUGAAGAAGGCGAAAGUUCAGUUGGCAACACCACCCGAGUCCGAACGCGAGGAGGAAGACCCGAUAGAUAUCGAUCAGUCCAUCGACUUCCGGCAACUGUCCCUCGGCAGCAAGACCGCUCGCAGAAAUUCAGUCAGCGACCUCCCGGAAACCCUUCGAGAUUUGGUCUCCCUACACAGCUCUUUUCUGAGGGCCUUUUCUCUUCAACUCGUGCACAAUGGCAAUUCCUCGACUGCAGAAUUGAACAGCUUGAUGAGCUCUGUAACAAGAUUAUGGAAGAAGCACACGGUCACCAAGGAGGACAUUCAGCGCAUGCUUGCGAUAUAUGAACUUGGCUCGCCCAGCGAUCAUGCCCUUGGUCAAUCCUUGAAACACAAGGCCAGCCCAUUCAAAAUGAACCUAGCUGGAGGCAAUGCUCUGCGGUACAGUGUUGAGUAUGUCGCUCCGAAAGCCUACGACGAAAAGAAAUUUCAAAAGCAAUACGAGGUCGAGGUGGAAGCCGUUUUCAUCUCGCAGCGGAAGAACCCACUAAGCUGGCUGCACAAUGAUAUACGAUUGUUCCCUCGACUGGAAAUCUCGAUUGGCCAACAAACACAAGCUCGUAAAUACAAAGCUUCAGCAGCACGAGCAGAGAUCCUAGGGCUAUCGUCGCAGGCUCAGAGCCGACCUGCGUCGCAAUUCCCUGCCAACGCAGAUCAAGCCAACAAGGCUGCUGAUGUCCAUACACCGCAGGUGGUGAAGGACCGGACUUUGUCCCUCUUGGAUCGGGUCAGAGCGAAGGGACUUGCCGCAUCCACAGCGCCGGAUUCUUUCACAGUACUUCGCCGUCGUGCGAUCGGCCGCAUCAGCGAGGUGGUGGAGAUUCUGCGGAUGAAGCAACAACGGAAGCUGGGUUCCAGCUUCCAUUCUUCCAUUCAUUCCAGCCCGAGCAAAGUCCGUGGUAGGGUGUCUUUCAGCCUCAAUCAAUUGGUCAAUGAGAUCAAAGGGAGCUUGCCUGUGCCCAUGGGCGAUACUGAGAUCAGAAAAUGUUUUGAGAUUCUUGCCAAUGAUGUCCCGGGAAUGUGGUUGUCAAUCCAUACAGUCGGGAUCUUACAAAGUGUUGUUCUGAAUGGACAGGGUUUGAGUGGCAUGGAGGUCAAGAAGAUCCUUGAUGAAGAUGAGAAGAACAAGAACUGAUGAGAGUGGUCGCUUGAGCGUGGUUGACAGUGUUGUAACAAGACCUGGCCGGUCACUUGUUCGAGGCAGACAAUGAUGAUUGAAUGUCAAAUCAAUAAAUGAGUCCCUGUAGUGGUCCUCUCUCCACCUAAUAAAACAUGGGUAUCUACUGCGUGGUGUCUGCUAGGAAAUCACACUCCUCGUAAAGAGUCCCUCCCGAACCAGGUUGGCUUGUCCCUCCACUUCGGCGUCUUCCUCAUUACACUACCUUUGCAUCUCCACUGCAAGCCGCCUUAAUGAUUUGGUCUAGUAGGUGGUCGUAGUCGCGAUAGCGGCCGGCCUCUCGUACUUAGUGAUCACCCACCAGGCAUCUGCGAACGAGGUCAACCAUUCAGUCUUGAUCUCGAGCUGCGGUUUUGAAAUCGCAGUCCGGGGAUUGACUUACGGAUGCAUCCUGGCAGCCAGCCCAGAAUUGUGA